UAAACAUUUGGUCCACAGGAAAAACUCGGUUUCUCAGUCAAACUUCAACUCUCACUCUUUUCCACAUAAUUUUCUUUCUCAAUCAUUCCUUAAAAAAAAUUUCUUUAAAUACAUAUGCUUCAUCGGCUUUGCCUGCAUCACUCUAUUCUCCUCUUCAAUAUAUAUAUUUAUAUAAUAUAGCAUUCCCUUAGCUUUCUAAUAUAACCGAAUUUUCUCAACUAAAUUCUAUAUAACCAAUAUAAAGGGCAAAAAAGAGAUUCUUGGCCCUUUGCAUAUGUGAAGAGAAGCUUAGUUUGCUGCAUAGCAAGAGCAUUGUACCGUACGUGCAGAUCGGCUAGCCGCAUCCCGAGCUGAACGAGCAUCGUUUUGUGGAAGUCGACCGACCCUCUCUCUGUCUUUCCUGCAAGCAAAAGUGAAGUAAGAAAUGGAGUCAUGGGAAAUGCAAGUGCUGAGCGAUGAAUUAGCUCAGGGGAUGGAGAAAGCCAGGCAGCUCCGGUUUCAUCUCUGCUCGACGCCUCCCUCUGAGGCCGAGGACAUACUUCUGCAGAGGAUUAUAUCAACUUUUGAGAAGGCUCUUUGCAUCCUCAAGGGCGGGGGACAUGUUGGAGUUGCACCGGCUGCAGCUCCCGAGUCUUCGAUCUCUGCUGAUGGAAGUUCUAAAAGCGAUGAUACGAACAAGAAUCUCUGUCAAGAUUAUGGCGAAGCGUCAAAGAAAAGGAAGCUGCAGCCCACAUGGACAGAACAAGUGAAAGUCAACUCCGGAAACGGGCUUGAAGGGCCCGGGGACGACAAAUAUAGAUGGAGAAAGUAUGGACAGAAAGACAUUUUGGGAGCUAAAUACCCAAGAAGCUAUUACCGGUGUACCUACCGCCAAGGCCAGAACUGUUGGGCAACGAAGCAAGUGCAGAGAUCGGACGAAGAUCCCACCGUAUUUGAGGUCACAUACAAAGGAACACACGCAUGCAAGCAGUUCAAUGAUGCAGUUCCACAACCAGAAUCCCCAGAAAAACAAGAACUCAAAAGCAACAACUCAUGUUAUGAUCAACUAGAGCAGAAUCCAAUGAUUUCAGACUUUAGAGCUAACCUCAGAGUCGACACUGCAGUUUCAGACAUCCAAGAGAUGCCACCAGCCUACUUCUCUUUCCCAUCGACAAUUCCAUGCCAAGAAAGAGAAAAUGAGUGUUAUCCAAUUUCUGCUCAGGCUGACGACAACCACUUGGGAGGAUAUUCCCCGUUGUUCUAUUCUCCAGCCACAUCAGGAUCAAAUUGCUUCUCCUCUGCAACAUAUCAGAUGAGAGACUACGGGGCUAAUGAUAAUACAGACAUAAUGUCAGCCAAUGCAUCAACAAAUAAAUCUCCGAUUGGCGGAAUAGAGUUCUCGAUUGAUCCAGUACAUAUAGAUCCAGAUUUCCCAUUCAACAUCCCUGGAUUUUUCACAUGAUCGAAGUUCAAACCUUGUCAAAUUGGAAAACAAGGAGUUGGUUGGCUUAACAACCACUAUUCUUGAUCAUUGCGAUAAGGGAAUAACAUUCUUGUAGGAAUGUCAUCCGGGUGCUUCAGUUAUGAGCUGAAAACCAAGGACUGAUCGUGUGUGGCUAGCAAGUUCUGCAGUCUAGUUAGUCUAGUUUUCAUGUAUAGAAUCAGAGUGUCAUCACUCGUUUAUUCAAUUCUCACUAAUACGUUAGCCUACCAAGAAAA